CUGCGCAAGGCUGCUUGUUGUUCCCGCAGAGAGGCGAGAAGAUGGCGGCCGUGUCAAGCGGAGGUGCUGCGGGGUCCGCUGCGGCCGGGAUUACGCACUCUGCCCGACCGACCCACGCAGUCAUGGGCUCCCAGAACCGGGCCCAGCCAUCCUCCGGGAUCAGCCACUCCAGUCGUACCAGCACGGCCCCCGGGUGCAUCACCAAUCCUGGCCACUCUUCGGCCACCAGGCUCCCCCCAGCCCGAGUGGGCCACUAUGAAAUCGAGCGGACCAUCGGCAAGGGGAAUUUCGCGGUUGUUAAGCUCGCCACACACAUCAUUACCAAAGCGAAGGUGGCUAUAAAAAUAGUGGAUAAGACCCAGCUGGACGAUGAGAACCUGAAAAAGAUCUUCAGAGAGGUGCAAAUCAUGAAGUUGCUGAAGCACCCCCACAUCAUUCGUCUCUAUCAGGUGAUGGAGACAGAGAGGAUGAUUUAUCUGGUAACAGAGUAUGCGAGCGGUGGAGAGAUAUUUGACCACCUGGUGGCUCAUGGGCGGAUGGCAGAAAAGGACGCCAGAAAAAAGUUCAAGCAGAUCGUGGCAGCAGUUCAUUUCUGUCAUUGCCGCAACAUUGUCCACAGAGACUUGAAGGCUGAGAAUCUGCUCCUGGACCACAACCUCAACAUCAAAAUCGCAGAUUUUGGCUUCAGUAACCUGUUUUCUCGAGGCCAGCUGUUGAAGACGUGGUGUGGCAGUCCUCCCUAUGCCGCACCAGAACUCUUCGAGGGCAAGGAGUAUGACGGGCCAAAAGUAGAUAUAUGGAGCUUAGGUGUGGUGUUAUAUGUAUUGGUGUGUGGCGCCCUGCCUUUCGAUGGCAGCACUCUACAAAAUUUGCGAGCACGUGUCCUCAGUGGCAAGUUCCGCAUCCCCUUCUUCAUGUCCACAGACUGUGAGUACUUGAUCAGACACAUGUUAGUUCUGGAGCCCAGCAGACGGCUGACCAUGGAGCAGAUCUGUAAGAACAAGUGGAUGAGACAAGGAGACCCGGACCCUGACUUUGACAGGUUGAUAGCAGAGUGUGUGCAGGUGAAGACGGAGAGAGAGACAGAGCUCAUCAACGAGCAGGUGCUCAUAGCCAUGUCUGAGAUUGGCCUGGACAGAGAACGCACACUUCAGUCUCUACAAACAGAUGCAUAUGAUCACUACAGUGCCAUCUAUAGUCUGCUGGCCGACCGCCUCAAGAAACACAAGACCCUGCGUGUUGCCCAGCCUCCGCCGCGCUCCAUUAGCUAUCCCCUUAAUGCUGUACAGCAGACAGAUCCACAGGGUAAUCCAGUUAGCAUGACCGUUCCACAUGUCCAGCUCAUCAACCCUGAGAACCAGAUUGUUGAGCCUGAUGGCAACAUGGCACUGGACAGUGAUGAAGGAGAGGAGCCAUCUCCUGAGGCCAUGGCUCGCUACCUCUCAAUGAGGCGACACACUGUGGGGGUACCAGACCAAAGGACAGAGAUGCAGGAGGACCUACAGAAACUGCCACCGGGUUUCCCACGUGGUGCAGUGCCACAGCCCCCUUUCCCCCCACUGGCCCCCAUUAUGGGCCAGAUGCACACUCUCAUGCCCACACAGAGCCUGCAGCCCACACAACAGCUGGAGUACAAGGAACAGUCAUUGCUACAGCCACCCACUCUGCAACUGCUCAACGGCAUGGGGCCUCUGGGUCGAAGAGCUUCCGACGGUGGGGCUAACAUUCAACUACACGCUCAGCUUCUCAAGAGGCCCCGGGGGCCCUCGCCGCUUGUCGCUAGCCCGCACCCUAUCCCUGCAGUAGCUCCAGUGGAUGAGGAGGGUUCCGAUGGAGAACCAGACCAAGAGGCCGUACAGAGGUACCUGGCGAACCGCUCCAAGCGGCACACGACGCACGCUCUCAUGAGCACAUCGCAUGGCGAGCCCUCAGCAGAGUCACAGCGAUCCCAGGGCCCCCGCCAGAGGGGGGGCUGGGCCCCCGACAUAUACACCCGAUCCAGCUAUAAGGACUGUAACACCCUUCAUCUCCCCAUGGAGCGCUUCUCACCUGUCAGACGGUUUUCUGAUGGCGCCGCCACCAUCCAGGCUUUCAAGGCUCAUCUAGAGAACAGCAGCCUCAUUAAGCAACUAAAGCAGGAGUGUGAGCAGCUCCAGAAAAUGUAUGCUGCCCAGCAGGAUGAGCGAUUCCUGGAGCACACCCAGCAGCAGCAUAUCCUCUACCAGCAAGAGCAACAAAUCCUACACCAGCAAAUCCAGGGUCUGUCUUUAGGCCAUGGAGAGAGCCAGCCUAGUCACCUAACCCACCAGCUUCAGAGGUUGCGUAUCCAGCCCUCCAGCCCUCCGCCAACACAUCCCAGCAACCACCUCUUCAGACAGACCAAUCAGAGCCCUCCGCCUGGCUCUGCAGGCAUAAUGCAAGGACAUGGAGGUCCAUCACAGGUGCAGUACCAGCACGGUGCUCCAGCUAUGUACCAGGGACAAAGUGGUAGCCCUCCUCCCACAGGUCUGCCUCGAGUUACAUUACCAACCAAUCAACAAGCACCAUCCACUCGCCCCACUGUCCCAUUGGCCCAGGGUGUACCUCAGCAACAGCAGGUGACUAUCCAAGUGCAGGAAGUGGAACUCGGAGGUGGGGCGCAGAGACAGUGCAGCUUUUUGUCCACGCCAGGGGGACACAGAGUCCUCGGGAAGCAGCUGAGUGCAGACAACGCCGAGAUGCACAGUCGCAGCCUUGGCCGCUUCACAUCAGCCUAUGAGCAGGCACAGUUCAAUGCCCACAUCUUCUCUGGUGGUGACGCAGCCUCCCGGGGCGCCUCUUUCAGCCCAUACCUGCAGGGAGCCUCCCUUAAAGUCCCCGGCCUGGAGGGUUACCAGAGCGGGGCGGUGGGGGCCAGCAGCUAUGGCACACCCUCUACACUACAGCAGGCCCUGCUCUCCCCAACUCCUUUGGACUACCGCCCACCACAACAGCACGUCACUCCUACUCUGCAGGGCCUCCUUUCCCCCCGGCACUCUUUAACUGGCCACACUGAUCCCAGGUUACCCCCCCAAGACCUAGCUGCCCUGCUGAAGAGGCAGAGCCCUCGGCCGUGCCCAGCACCCCCCACACCACCCAGUGGUCCACCCCAAGAGUAUGGAGAGAUGCUGCUUCUCCACCAGCUGAGCCAGGGUGAGAGCUUGGAUCCCCAAGUGCCGCAAGGUGCCUCCGGAGGCCAGCACUACCUCCACCUCCUACAAAUUCGACCCCCAGAUGUCCAGCCACAGCAGCACCCAGCACAGGCACCUUGCCCCACCUUACCUCACUCAGAGAGCAUGGAGGAGGAUGAGGUGCCGACUGGCUACCACCACACGCACGAGGGCCUGCUGGCCAAGGCAGGAGAAGGUCAUGAGCUCUUGGGGCCUCCAAGAGGAGGCACCCCACCCUACAAUUCCCCAACACACAGGCAUGGCGGCUUCAUCAGGAAUGCUCCAGCAACAAGAGAAUCUGAGCAUGUGGAGUGCAGGACCCCGGGGCAAGCCAUGGAGGUGCCUGAUCAUAACGGUGUGGGAUAUUCAAGAGGUCCCCAGGGUGACGCCUAUAGGUCCCGUGGACAGCUACAGCGCCACCACACCAUCCAGACCUGUGAUGAUGCCUUUGACCAGGCAGAGCCAAUGUCUGGAAUGAGCCUGUUGGCUGGAAAAGCAUUAAGCUCCGCUCGCAUGUCAGACAUCCUCAGCCAAACAUCACUGACAGGAAGCCAGCAGCUGCACCACCGGGAAGAGUCAGUUUGUGAUGUUGAAGGGGAGCUCCAUGCAGCAGCCUGCUACCCCUCCUCCUGCACCAGUGACAUGCUCCUCAGCUACAAGCCCCCGGACCUGCAGUACAGCAUGGAGCAGGCUGGGGUCUAGCACAGGAAAUCGUGUCUCCUGUGUACAGCGGUCCAUAUCAGCCAUCCUGAGUUGUGUUGACUUGUGUUGAGCAGCAUCACGCCAAACCACCUUCGUCUCCCUAAGCAGGGGGACACUCUGCGUCUAUCUGUCUGUCUCCAUCUGUCUCUGGGAGAGCAGUUUGCGCGAGAGAGGGGGAGUGUGGAUAGGUGUAGACAUCCGAUAGGUGGGGUGGGGGGGUCACAGGUGGGGCCCUGGGGUUCACAGGUCACAGUGCCAGCAUUUUCUGCAGGGACAUCCAGCGUCCACUGCUGCAGGAUGUCUCCUCUUUUCACCUCCCGUCGUGUUGGUAGAUCGGGGUUCCUAUUCCUCCCCCUUUGCAACUCGACAACCAGCCCCCCCACCCCUCGCUCCCAUACAAACCUGCCCCCUGCCACACCCCCCACACCCACCUGCUGCCCUGACCUAAACCUCCCCCUCUCACCCUUCGUCCCGCUAUUAACUGGCAUACUUCGUUAUGUGCCUCAUCGGCCAACGCAUCGAUACAGUCACACUCACAAAGAACAUGGAGUCCAGCACACACACUCACUGCUGCCACAUACCCAAAGUAUUCACAUUUGGCGUGAGUGUGCAUGUGUGACUGAGAAGAAGGCGUGAGCGGACAUGAAGGUUGUCUAUGAGAAUCAGUCUGCCACCCUCCCCUUUCCUGCUGACCCCGCGGCAGAUCAUGCCGGCGCAGGCCGAAAUCUCGACUGUUGCGACUCCUCCCCCCUUUUUUGUCCGGAUGGCGGGUGGUGUUUUGGAUUUAGGCUCCGAUCAAGCUCCAACUGGGCAACAAAACCGCUCUCUCUCCAAAGACAGAGCUCAGUGACAUCGCACAGGACAAACCAGCUCUCAUAGUUUUGUUUGUUUGUUCUCUUGUUCUGGUAUUUUUCUUUGUUUCUUUUAAUUUUAUUUUUAAAUUCAUUUUUACGGCUAAUGUCCAUGCAGGCAUUAUGGUCAAUAUUGUUAUUCUUGUUGUUAUUACUGUUUUCUGUAAAAUAAGUUUUAUUCUGAUGAUGAUGAUUAUUAUUAUUAUUAUUAUUAUUAUUACAGUUCUGUGUUGCGAGAAAGACAACAUUGUUCUUUGAUUACUUAAGUAAUUCUGCACUUUCGGUUCAAGCUAUCUCUAUCCUCUACCCUCUCUCUGUUUCCACCCUCCUCACAGUCCUUAUUACCCGUCACGAUGUUUCCCUGCUUCUCAAUUCCACCCCCCACCCCUUUUCCAACCCUAACUUUCCUCACCUUGUUUUCACCUCUUUUUUCCAUCCUGCCUUUCCCCCUAUGUCAGUGACAGUGUAUUGCAUUGUGGGUAGAUUUACCAGACCUUCGCUCCUUUCCUUGUACAGUGAUGCCAUGUAUAGAAUGCUAUUGCAAUUUCUGUAUCAACAUUUUUUUUUUGUUACUUUCUUUUUGUCUUUUUGUUGUUGGGGAGGAUUUUUUAUAUUGCUAUUGUUUUAUCAUUUGUACUUUAAAGUGUUCUCUUUUUGUUUUUUUGUUUUUUUUUGUUUUGUGAAUCUUUGAGAUUUCUAGCCAAAAGAGGACGGAGAGAAGAGACACUGCUCUUUCUGUCCCGUUAAAAAAGAUUGUUCUUAUUUGUUCUAAUAUUAUUAUAUUGAGACACUUGAAUAAGAGGAGAGUAAUUAUCUUGUGUUGCUCUUUAAAGUAUAAUUUCAGUCCUUGAUGUUGUGACUGUCAUUCUUGUUGAUGUUUGGGCCUGUUUUCUGUUAACGUUGUAGUUGCGGCAGGCUAUACAGGGUCAGGCUUUGGGCUUUGUCUGGGUUGGCUCGGGUGCUACAGAGACUUUGACACACUUAAAAAAAAAAAAACAGAAGACAAAAAACAAGGGAAUAACU